GGCUUGUAAAAUAAUUUCUAAUCCGAACUUGAUAGCCUUAGAAAGAUGUAACAUCCACUUCUUUUCUUUAUAUAUAUGGAUUCUCGAAAAAACUAAUUUCCACAUCACAGUCUUCAAAGACAAGUAACAAAAAAAUGGCGCCUCCAACCGCAGCACCAGAGCCAAACACCGUGCCAGAGACUUCACCGACUGGCCACCCUAUGUUUUCCCGGAUCCGCCUGGCGACGCCGACUGAUGUCCCUUUCAUUCACAAGCUAAUCCACCAGAUGGCGGUUUUUGAGCGCCUCACGCAUCUAUUUGUCGCCACCGAGUCUGGUCUUGCCUCCACUCUCUUCAACUCCCGUCCAUUCCAAGCCGUCACCGUCUUUCUCUUGGAGAUCUCCCCUUCUCCAUUUUCCACCAAUGACGUUUCGUCCCCUGAAUUCACCCCCUUUCUUGAGACGCAUAAGGUUGAUCUCCCUAUCGAGGAUCCGGACAAAGACAAGUUCUUGCCGGAUAAGCUCAACGACGUGGUGGUGGCUGGAUUCGUUCUGUUCUUCCCGAACUGUUGGAAUUGUAUCCUUGAUUGAACCUGCAAAAGAGAAAAGAAGAAUCCAUGAGAAGAAGAUGAAGAACAGAGGAAGAAGCAUCGGAAGAAGAAGACGAUGUCGGAGAAGAUGUUGUCGUGAAAGAAGAUGUCAACGACAAAGAGGAAAGUCAACACAACAAGAGACAAGUUGGGCUUGUGUUGUUUUGUAAGAAUAAGUGAUUGGGCUAAAUGUCUUGUUAGGCCCAAAUGAGUAAGUGUGUUGUGUUAGUCAAAGACUAGCUUAGUAGAGUUGUCAAGUGUAGUGGUUAAGAGUUGUUGUUGUGUAAGGUUUAGUAGUUUAACCUUGCUUGUGUAAGAGAGUCUAGAACUAGGAGUAAGGUCCAAGUGCAAGUGUGUGUAUGUGUAUGUAGUAAGUAGAAGUAGAAGUAAAGUAGUAUAAGUAUGCUUGUAUGUGUGAUGUAACAAAAGUAUCCUUGUGAUCCAUUAAUACAAUGUAGACAAUUAAAGAGUAA